UGCGGCGCCGGAGACCCCGCGCCCCCCGACCCGCGCGCGCGGGCAGGAUCACGGCUGGCCCGGGACCCGGGGCCGCCCGGAGCCCGUGCGCGGGGCACCCCAGGGCCCUUCCCGAGAAACUUUGGCCGCGCUGCCGGCCGGGCUUCUCCCUCGCCCCGGUGGCCCGGGGCCCCGCGCGGACCCGCGGCUUCGUGCCGGCCCGGUUCGGGUCCGAGGUGGCCGCGGAGCGUGCGGUUCGCGCGUCCGUCCGCUGGGCUGCACUGCGCGCCCGCGCUGGGCUGGGGUCCCGCGCUGCCCGCGUCCCGCCCGGCCGCCCCCUCGCCGCCCCCGCCGCCCCGCGCGCGUCCUGGUUUCCGAGCGAUCGAGGGCAGAGCCCGCCUCUCCCCGCGCGCGUGACGGGCCGGCGCCGUGGGAAGCCGCGAGCCCACGGGCCACUGUCGGUGCUGGCCCUUUCCUGGAGACCGGCGCCGCGCCCCCACCCCGCGGGGGGCUGGGGUGUCCAGCGCGCCCCGCGGGCUGAGAGGUCAGUCGCCAGACGCGGCCGUGGCAUGUCCUUCCGCUGGCCGGGCAGCGCCCUGGGAGGCCACGCGUGGGUCCUCAUCGCCAUGUUCCAGCUGGCCGUGGACCUGCCGUCCUGCGAGGCCCUGGGCCCCGGGCCCGAGUUCCGGCUCCUGCUCCGGCCGCCCAGCCGGCCGCCCCGUCCGUGGGGGCUGCGCAGUGGACAGCCCACGCGGGUGCCCGUGCCGGUGUGGGGCCCGCGGCCGCUGCCGAGCCCGCGGGGGGCCAGGCGGGCGCACAGACCCCGGGACCAGGCGGGCGCCCUGGUGCCCAAGGCGGGGCUCGCCAGGUCCCCCGCGGCCGCCAGGCCCGGCCCGUCCCUGGGCGCGGCGUCCACCGCGGCGGCCCCCGCGGGCCAGCAGCCCCUGAGCAGGGCCCGGCGGCACCUCCAGGUGGCCGCGCUCGGCGCCUUCGACGCCCGGCCGGGCCGGCCCACCCCGGAGCCCGAGUUCAUCGCCUGGGGCCCCACGGGGGAGGAGGAGGGCCCCGAGGGCCACACGGUGCCCGGCGCCCUCGGCCCCACCACCGCCCACGUGUCCCCCACCCGGAGGACCACCAUGGCCACCACCAUCACCACGGCCACCGCCGCCACGCCCACGACACUGCAGAGCCCGGGCGCCACGGAGCCCCUGGGCCCGGGGCCUCGGUUCCCCUUCGGGACCAGCACCACGGAGCCGCCCACCAGGCCCGGCAGAGACGCCAGGCCCCCCCGCGUCCUGGGGGAGAGCUCAGGCCUGGCCGUGCACCAGAUCGUCACCAUCACUGUGUCCCUCAUCAUGGUCAUCGCUGCUCUCGUCACGACGCUCGUCUUAAAGAACUGCUGCGCGCAGAGCGGGCGCGCGCGGCGCAGCGGCCGGCAGCGCAAGCUGCAGCAGCAGGAGGAGAGCUGCCAGAACCUGACGGACUUCGCGCCCGCGCGCGUGCCCAGCACCCUGGACGUCUUCACCGCCUACAACGAGACGCUGCAGUGCUCGCACGAGUGCGUGCGCGCCUCCGUGCCCGUCUACGCCGACGACACGCUGCGCUCCGUGGGCGAGUUCAAGUCCACGUUCAACGGGAACCGGCCGCCCUCCUCCGACCGGCAUCUGAUCCCUGUGGCCUUCGUGUCUGAGAAGUGGUUCGAGAUCUCCUGCUGACGGGCGUGUGUUUCUACCCUCCCGGGGGCUGGGCAGAAGCCGUGCAUCCCCUUUAUGGAUCCCGUCGGCGAACCUGUAAAAAUACAAACUACGACACACGCGCCUUCGCGCCCAGCCGGGAGGCCAGAGCUAUUUUUCUACGUUCACGUCUGCGGGAGCUGCUCGAGGGGCGAAGGGGGCGAGGCGGGAGCCGAGGACGGGGCGCGACGCCGCCACACGGGCCCCGCCUGGACCGAGACUCGAGCCUGUGCCAAUAAUACCAUAAUGUGCCAUGAACCGACCCGGAGGCGGCGCUGGGGCCCAGCAGACGGCGCGGACUCCGCCCAGGGGAAGCUACUUCUGGUUAUUAUACAUAUAUAAAUAUAUAAAUACAGAUACACGCACACACACGCACACACACACGCACACACACGCACACACACUUUUUUUGUACUGUAGCAAUUUUUGAAGAUCUUCCACGUUCCUUUUUAAAAAAAACGUGUUCUCGGCUCCCAGAGCUGGUUUAUUCCACACGCUUAGUACGGACAGGACCGACUGUGUUUUCUACCUUGGCGACGCACAUAUAUAUGCAUAUAUCGGAUUACAGUUCCAGAGUGACCUGCCGCCCGCCGCCACCACGCACGGGCCCCCCGUGACACACCGCCUGGCCGCUUCCGGCGGGAGAACGCCGCGUUUUCUACCCAGGCAUAUAAAUAGAUAUAUACACGCACACACUUACUCUCUUUUUUUCGUUCCCUCGUUCGAAGAUGCCGCCUCUCGGCCGCCGAGCCCCGGCCUGGGGGGUGGUGGAUUCUCGGCCAUCUUUGUGUUAUACAGACAUAGCGCGAAUUAAAGACAUUCUCAGUGCCAA